AUGAAGCCUCCAGCGCUACGGCCGUGGCUUCCUACUUCAGCUCUACGACGGCGUCCUUGCUUCCGCAGGCCUUACGCUAUACAGUCGCCGGGGGGGCCAACUCUUCAGGUCUUCAAUGAGAACGUGAAGUACCUUCAGAAAGAACGGGCGGCAGCAAAUGCAGAAUACAGCCGCAAUGUCGAUUAUCUGAAGGACGAGGUGGCCCAGCGACUAGUCGACCGUCUACUCGACAUCAAUCGCCGGUUUCCCCAUGUACUCGACUUGGGUGCCAAUAGCUGCAACAUUGCACGAGCGCUCUCUAAGCCGCCUCUGAUUGCGCCAGAACUGCCAGAAGGAGCUGCAGAGGCCAAGAUUCCGCUCUCGGACCGGAUAGAACACCUCACCUGCGCGGACACCUCUCCCACCGCCCUUCAUCGCGACGAUUCACUCCCUGAACCCGCAGUUCCAAUCACUCAAGAAGUCCUCCCUUCGCUUGAGACUCUUCCUUAUGAAGCCAACACUUUCGAUGCUGUUCUCUCUUCUUUGUCCCUCCAUUGGAUAAACGACCUCCCCUCGGUGUUAUCAAGCAUAAACAACAUUCUCAAACCCGAUGCCCCCUUCCUGGCAGCUAUGUUCGGCGGAGACACCCUCUUUGAAUUGCGCUCGUCGCUACAACUAGCCGACCUAGAGCGCCAUGGCGGCGUUUCGCCGCAUAUAUCACCUUUAGCAGAUGUCAGAGACGUGGGGAACCUGCUCGGUCGAGCUGGAUUCAAACUUCUGACGGUCGAUGUCGACGAUAUAAUAGUCGAAUAUCCCGACACAUUCGCCUUGAUGACGGAUAUCCAAGCCAUGGGCGAAGGAAAUGCGAUCCUCAAAUCUAUGGGCGGUCCUAUCAGCCGGGAUGUGUUGCUGGCAAAUGAAGCCAUAUACAGGGAAUUGCAUUGUAAAGAGGACGAAAAAGACAGGAUACCGGCUACCUUUAGAGUGAUCUACAUGAUUGGGUGGAAGGCUAGUAAAGGACAACCACAGCCUCUGGAAAGAGGGAGUGGAAAUGUCAACAUGAAGGACAUACUAGGUGGGGGAGAAUUCACGUAG